AUGUAUAGGAACAACCAAACUGGUGAAGAUGAAGUUAUGAUGGAAGAGGACAUGGUUAUGGAUAUGGAAGAGUUCCUCAAUUCUAGCACUAACUCGCAUAUAACUUCUGAAGUGCUUGAUGAUCACGAUCAAAUGAUUAUUGAGCAAACACCGGAAUUUACUUUGUUGGAGGGAAAUAUCUCGUUUUUGGUGUUGGACACAAAUUUUCUUUUGGAAGAUCUCAAGAUGAUUCAAAACUUGCAAGAUCUAGCACCCGGUUAUCAACUUAAGAUCGUUAUCCCAUAUGCGGUUUUGUUAGAGCUUGAUGGUAUUUCAAAAUCCGGUCGACUGAUUAGUGGAGCGGCAAGAGCUGCAAACACGUGGAUUUACAAAGAGUUGGCAAAUCUGCUGCCAACUAUAGGGUGUCAAAAAUUAACACAAAGAAUCGAUAAGCAAACAACUGGAGAUGACUCGAUACUUGAUUGCUGUGUAUACUUUAAAGAGUAUUUUCUGCAGAACUUGAUAAUAUUGUUAACAAAUGAUCGAAAUUUGAGCAAUAAAGCGUUGACACAUGGCGUAUUAACUGUGAGGAAGACCUCUGAGAUUAGUCCGCGAAUGAUUGCAGAAAGGGUUCUUGAAGAGAAUAUACGAAUAUUUGGACAAAGGAAUAUAGUUGAAGGCGUUACUCAUGCAAGUGCCAAUCCAAUAUAUUCCAUCUCACAGCAAGAGAGACAGAAAACGCAAACACCGCCUCCUACAGAGGAGUGGAAGAAGCAAACUUUAGAUGUACAACAAUGUACAGAAAAGGAUAUCCCAUUAUUAUUGUACAAUGAGGUACACAGUGUACUUGCACCUGUGGUCCAUCAAUGUGUUGAAUCUGAAUACAAGGAAGACAUGGAGUUGCUCCGUGAUUAUGGAGAUGAGAACCUACUGUCGCUACGUGGGUGUGCUGAAGUGAUUAUUCGUUUCUGGGCAACAAUUUUUAACCAGUACUUCCGUGUUGUACCUGGAAAGUUUGUUCCUUUCCAUAUUGAAGGUAUGGGCAGAAAUGUGAAACGAAUACCGAUCUACGACGAUGUUCCUGUGAAUAGCAAUGCUGUCAAGUUUGUAAAUUUUUGGAGCGCCACAUUGAUGGUUCUCUACCAUGCAAUCAAGGAUGACGGCGAGACAGCGGCCUUGGAGAUUAUAACUCAACGGUGGAAGAAAAUGGCAGAAAAAGUGGCGAAUAUAUGA